CUCGACUAGCUUUCCAGCAACAGCUGGUUUAGCUGAGUAUGCGUCACCCAAACAGUGUGACGGCUAAAAGUUGUGUUUAUGUGUUAUCCGCUACUUUCCAUGGGACUUCUGUGGGCUGCGUAGCGACUUCUUAAAAGGAGCACCAUGGCAAUGUGGAUACAGGCCCAGCAGCUGCAGGGAGAUGCCUUACAUCAGAUGCAGGCGCUGUAUGGCCAGCACUUUCCCAUUGAAGUGCGCCACUACUUGGCCCAGUGGAUUGAGGGGCAACUCUGGGAUUCAGUGGAGUUGGACAACCCAGCAGAGGAAACUAAAGCCAAGCGCCUUUUGGACAACUUGGUGGCAGAGCUCCAGAGGAAAGCACAGCUUCAGGGAGGAGAGGAUGGCUUUCUCCUCAAGAUCAAGCUGGGACACUAUGCAAACCAACUGAAGAGCACAUAUGACCGCUGUCCUUUGGAGCUUGUGCGCUGCAUCAAGCACAUCUUGCACUCCGAGCAGCGACUGGUUCAAGAAGCUUCAAAUGCAAGUUGUGUGAGUGGGGGGCAGGUCAUGGACAGCCUCUCCCAACGGCAUCAGCAAAUCAACCAGGCCUUCGAGGAGCUCCGAUCAGCCACACAGGAGACUGAGAAUGAACUGCGGAAGCUUCAGCACAGCCAGGAGUACUUCAUCAUCCAGUACCAGGAAAACCUGCGUCUCCAGGCCCAGUUGAGCAGUCUGAGCUCCCUACCUCCAACGGAGCGCACCCAACGGGAAACCACCCUACAGAGCAAGAGGGCUACCGUGGAGGCGUGGCUGGCCAGAGAAGCAAGCACUCUACAGAAAUACAGGCUUGACCUGUCAGAACAACACCAGAAAACCCUGGCUGUACUCAGGAAACAACAGACUUUGAUUCUGGAUGAGGAGCUUAUCCAGUGGAAGAGGAGGCAGCAGCUAGCAGGCAAUGGGGGUCCUCAUGAAGGAGGACUAGAUAUCCUCCAGUCCUGGUGUGAGAAGCUGGCAGACCUGAUCUGGACAAACAGGCAACAGAUCCGACGCUGUGAACAUCUUACUCAACAGCUUCCUCUACCAGGCCCCAUGGAAGAUCUCCUUAGCAAACUCAAUUCAGACAUUACUGAUAUUAUCUCUGCCUUAGUCACUAGCACCUUCAUCAUUGAAAAGCAACCGCCUCAGGUGUUAAGGACCCAGACCAAGUUUGCGGCCACAGUGCGCCUUCUGGUGGGUGGGAAACUCAACGUCCACAUGAAUCCACCUCAAGUCAAGGCCGUCAUUGUCAGUGAGCAACAGGCCAAAGCUCUACUCAAGAAUGAGAGCACACACAGUGAAAGUAGUGGUGAAAUCCUUAACAACAACUGUGUCAUGGAGUAUCACCAGGCCACAGGCACCCUCAGUGCACACUUCAGAAACAUGUCUCUAAAGCGGAUCAAGCGGUCGGACCGACGAGGUGCAGAGUCUGUGACGGAGGAAAAGUUCACUGUUCUGUUUGAAUCACAGUUCAGCAUUGGUGGCAAUGAACUGGUCUUCCAUGUCAAAACUUUAUCACUACCUGUAGUAGUGAUAGUUCAUGGUAGUCAGGACAACAAUGCCACAGCAACAGUACUUUGGGACAACGCAUUUGCUGAACCAGGCAGGGUUCCAUUCAUCGUGCCAGAUAAGGUUCUAUGGACUCAGCUUUGUGAGGCCCUUGAUAUGAAGUACAAAGCAGAGAUGCACAGUGAGCGUGGACUGUCGGAGGAUAACCUGGUCUUCUUGGCGCAGAAAGCAUUCACAAGUACCAGUAAUAACCCAGAGGAGUACCGCAACAUGACAAUAUCCUGGGCCCAGUUCAACAGGGAGAGCUUACCUGGACGCAACUUCACUUUCUGGCAGUGGUUUGAUGGUGUUAUGGAACUCAUGAAGAAACACCUCAAGCCUCACUGGAAUGAUGGGGCCAUCCUGGGUUUUGUAAACAAGCAGCAGGCACAGGACAUGCUUAUGUCCAAACCUAACGGCACAUUCCUGCUACGAUUCAGUGACUCUGAGAUUGGCGGUAUCACCAUUGCCUGGGUGGCUGAGAACCCCAACAAAGCAGCUAAUCCUGAAGAUGACCCCAAUAAAAGAUUGCACAAGUACAUAUGUGAAAGGCUUGUAUGGAAUCUGUUGCCUUAUACAACCAAGGAUUUCUCCAUUCGCUCCUUAGCUGACCGCAUCAGCGACCUGAACCAUCUCCUGUUUCUCUUUCCUGACCGGCCCAAAGAUGAGGUCUUUGCCAAGUACUACACACCUCCACUAUCAAAAGCUGUGGAUGGCUACGUAAAACCACAGAUCAAACAAGUUGUGCCAGAAUUCACCACCCCAAACCCUGAACCAAGCGGAACAACAUCCACGUUCAUGGACCAGACAACUUCUCCCUCUGUUGUCCACGCCAACAACUUUGCUGCCUACCCCUCGAUGGGUGACACCAUGUUGGAUGCAGAGGCAGACUUUGACCUGGAGGACACCAUGGAUGUGGCUCGGCAUGUGGAGGAGCUGCUCUGUCGGCCCAUGGCCAACCAGUGGAGCAGUCAGCAGUCCUGAAUGGGACACAUCCCAUCACCCAUGUGACCGUGUCACCACAGAACCGCAGAAGCGGCUUCAUAUACGGGGCUUUAUUACAAAACGGUCAGGUAUUGAAUUUACUUUUGUUUGUCUUAGUUUGUUUGUUGGGAGGUAAAGUCUGUUAGAGCUAUUCAACAGGAGCCAACAUUUUCCCAAAAGUCUGUUGUUUUUUAGAUUUAAAUCCGACUCAUACAGAAGUACAGAAUUAUCAGUGCCUACAUUAACUUCAGUAUUAAGGUAAAUAUAUACAAAAGCUUUUCCACCUUUGUCUUCAUAUUCUAAUGUACUGAUGUUUUACUAUGUUAUAAGGAGACUCUUCUACAACUGUACAGGCCAUUUGUUCAACUAUAUGACGUGUAUAUAACACAGAAAUGAUAUCAAAAGCUCCCUUUUUGGUAUUUUAAACUGCAAUUAGAUUGAUAAUUUCAUAAUGUACGUUUGUCUAAAUUGAUCCUUCAGCAAUGAGGUGUGUGUAUAUAGACAUAUAGUCAUGAGAAUAGCAUCUCUUUCAUUGCCAAGGCAAUCAUGUAUGGCCCUCUGUAGUGGUCAGUAGUUUUAGGGAACUAGUCUGGAAGCCUCGUGCUAAAGCAGGACUGUAAUGUCUGUUUUUCACCACACAUCACUGGUGCUAUAGAGGUUGAUAUUUUUAUAGCACAGGCAAGAAAGCUGUAGCACACUGGCAGAUGAUACAGUAUCCAUGCAUGAAAUGCACACCUAAUACAAUAUAGGAACAAAACUCUAUAAGAAUGAACUUGAUAAACUAUGUUAAUCAGAGAUUACGGUAGAGCUUCUAUUUUGAAGGUCAUAGUGUCCCAUUGAUUACCGAUCUUCAGGACAAAUUUGGCAACUGGCGGCCCGUCCUGGAAAAAACAACUCACAGCUAUUGUUAUGUGUACUGUCCAGGUAAAGAAUAUAAAGAUGACAGUACUUGCUGCGGCUGUCGCCAUAAAUCAGUAGUGAAAGUCUUCUGUCCACCCACGAGUACGUGACAAUAUGCUAACAGUGUUGCCAACCUAUGGUAAUUUAGCAUUCUAGCGACUUUUUUUUUGUGUUAUUGGAGGCUUUUGAAGAUUGAUGUAAAAGCACUUAUCAUUCUUAAGACUGGAUUAUGCUCCUGCGUAGUCGCUAUCUUUUUAUAGCUCUUUGUCAGGGUUGAGCGUGUGCCGUGCUACUCUGUGCCAAAACUCUCCAGUUAAAAUCAUGGCAAAACCUCACAAAACACAUGUGACUUUCGGUACAAUCUUACCACUGUCUCAUGACUUUUGGCACGAAACACGCGGAUGCACACACAAACGCUUCUGAUUCACUCUGCGGUAAAGUUCUGAAUAUCAAUAACUCCCAGGCAAAGGAUACCUUCCGACAGUGCUAACAAAGACAACGAGAUACAGAUCAAAUGAGCAGUCCUCUGCAGUAUGACCUACAUUUAUCUCUAUGAGCAGCCAGGACCUUCUACAAAUGUCUCAUCUGAGUAAAACAUGUUUUGUGUGUUUGAGGUUUUGGCAUGAUUUUGACUCCAUACGAAACGCUACUGUUUCAAAUUAGUGAGCGACCAUAACUCUCGUUGACCUCUCCGCAUGUUGCUUUUCUUUGCCGCGAGCGAAAAAUUAAAGUGAGGAGUGUAUUACUGGGCCGGAACAGUCACUUUUCUUGCAAACGUUGGUCAGAAAUCGGAGGAGAAGGCGAGCCAUUUUCACACAGGAAAUGGCAAAUUUUGGUAAUCAGUCAAUGAUAUCAUUUAGUAACUUGUAGCAACUUUUAGGACAGCCAAUAGGAGGAGUUGGAAACACUGUAUGCUAAAAUACAGUACAGCCAUAAAGCAACCUACAAUAGGUGCCUUGGUUACACACCACUUAGUACACGGGGAAAGUUUGUGUAAAUGUACGUGUUUGUGAACUUGCGCACAUAGAGUCAUUGUUUGCGACAAGCAAGUGAGUGUGGACGAAUGAACAAAAGGGCAAUAAAAGUAAAGUUUCACGAGUGGUCACGCUCAGACGUCGACUGAAGUGAGAAAUGAUAAUGAUGGAAAAAUGUUAAGACCAGUUAAAAAAAUUACAAGAAUUUACAUUUUGCACUGUUGGAUCUUCAAAGGUUGGAGGUUCAAAGUAGAGCUUCAACAUACCAAAAGAAGAAAUGGGAGUAAGACAAAAAAAAAUGUACAGCAAUUUAUUGCAAACAAGCAUUAAAGUGAAAUAGAUGAUCAAAAGACCGUAGCUUAAAAAAAACAAACAAUGCAAUUGCAAUUGUUCAAUUGGUUUUAAAAUUUUGAUCAGGAGUGUGCCCCAUAUUAACUGACAUUGUGGCCUGCGGUGCAAAUUAUUUUCAGACAUUUGCCUUAUUGAGGUGUCGAAAUCUAGCAUUUGUUGGCUAACAUCAGCUCUGCAACAUACUCAAACACAAGCGGGCUCGCUGUCGCCCUUGUGCAGUCAUUUUUUUUAAUAGCAUUUGCAACAUGUAUGUUGCACUGUACAGCCCUGUAAGUCUAACAUUGUUGCUAACAUUAACAUUCACAGCUGUAGUUGCAGUGCAGGUACAAACUUAAACUAAAAUGAUCCAAAAAUAUUAUAACGCUGGAAAGUUGUUAGUGUUUAUGUCUACAUUCAUUGGCUUCUGACCUUUUUCCUUGCUUGCUGUGUUUAACCACAGUGGCUUACACCUCACUAGGGGGAGACAAAGAACAAAAAAAAAAAACCCUGACAAAAUCACCGUAGUACAUUACAAUUGCUGUAAUAACUUUUAAAAUAAUUAUUAUUGUUAUAUUACAUGUCAUAGUAAUAAUGACAGUACAAUAUACUUUUUAUUUUCUGUAUUUAAUACUGACAUAUUCAUUAAUGUCAUCACCUUUUGUUACCAGUCAGAUGGGAGAAAUCCAAAGUUACUAUGUGGUGUACAAAGUGCUUAGAACUUAUUGGCCUGUGGCAUAUUCGAAGAAUGCAAUUGAAGACUUUAAUCCCACAUCAGAACAUUGCAAAGAAAGUUUACAGCCACAAUGAACAGAACAGGGUGAUGAAAAAAAGCAUCGCAUGCAUGUGUUGACCUGCAGUGCUUGCUUAAACAAAUGGACGAGACCAGUGGUCCCCAACCACAGAGAUGCGGAGAACUUUCAGGCGCAAUGAUUUUUUUUAAAUACACUUAAAAAAAUUACAUUUGUAAAUGAACUACCAUCAAAUUUUAUGCAGAUGCAUAUACAUUUUGGAAAUAUGCUCCAUUAUUUUAUUCAAAAAAUAAUAAACAGUUAGAAAUCCCACAGUUUUUGCAUGUACAGUAGUGUGAAAAAGUGUUUGCCCCCUCCUAAGUCCUUUUUUGACAACACAACUGAACACAAAAGGCAGUUUUUUUUUUUUUUUUUUUUUUUUUUAUUAUUAUUAAGGGAGAAAAAUACAAAUCUACAUGGCCCUGUGUGGAAAAAGUGAUUGCUCUCCCUCAGAAAUAAAGUAAUUGAAAUCUGUCAGUCUGGAAAAGGUUAUAAAACCAUUUCUAAACCUCUGGGACUCCAGCGAACCACAGGGAGAGCCAUUAUCCACAAAUGGAGAAAACAUGGAGCAGUGGUGAACAUUCCCAGGAGUGGCCGGCCAACCAAAAUGACUCCUAGAGCACAGCAACGACUCAUCAAGGAGGUCACAAAAGACCCCACAAUAAAAUCCAAAGAACUGCAGGCCUCACUUGCCUCAGUUAAGGUCAGUGUUCAUGACUCCAACGUAAGAAAGACACUGGGCAAAAACGUGUUCCAAGAUGAAAACCACUGUUGAACAAAAAGAACAUUAAGGCUCGGGUCAGUUUUGCUGCUUCAGGACAUGGAAGACUUGCUGUGAUAAAUGAAACCAUGAACUCUGCUGUCUACCAAAAAAUCCUGAAGGAGAAUGUCCGGCCAUCUGUUCGUGGCCUCAAGCUGAAACCAACUUGGGUUCUGCAGCAGGACAAUGAUCCAAAACACACCAGCAAGUCCACCUCUGAAUGGCUGAAGAAAAACAAAAUGAAGACUUUGGAGUGGCCUAGUCAAAGUCCUGACCUGAAUCCUAUUGAGAUGCUGUGGCAUGACCUUAAAAAGGCGCUACAUGCUGAAAAACCCUCCAAUGUGGCUGAAUUACAACAAUUCUGCAAAGAUGAGUGGGCCAAAAUUCCUCCACAGCGCUGUAAGAGACUCAUUGCAAGUUAUCACAAACGCUUGAUUGCAGUUGUUGCUGCUAAGGGUGGCCCAACCAGUUAUUAGUUUUAGGUGGCAAUCACUUUUUCACACAGGACCAUGUAGGUUUAGAUUUUAUUUCACCCUUAAUAACAAAGUUUCAUUUAAAAACUGCAUUUUGUGUUCAGUUGUGUUAUCAUUGACUAAUUUAAAUUUGCUUGAUGAUCUGAAACAUUUAAGUGUGACAAACAUGCAAAAAAAGAAGAAAUCAGGAAGGGGGGGGGGGCAAACACUUUUUCUCACCACUGUAUUUGGUCCCGAGUGCUGGUACUAUGUCGGAAUGCAUAAAAGUAAGUGUUGAUGACGUGUUUGCGUGCUAAUAUGCACACAAUUUGCCCACUUACAAAAGACAUGAACAAUAUAGAAUUUUUAAUCGUAGGUUUCAUUCAGUGAAAGAGACAGCAUGUCUAUUAUUUCCCCCACUGUAUAUACUGUAAUUCCUCCAUCAGUGUUUUUCUGUAUUAACUGUGGUCUUCAACUGUGGAGAUCAAGUUGCAGGGCUUGCAGACCACUGUAUAAUGAAUUCUAACGCUCUUGCUCGACUGUCCUUACUUUGCUGCCUUAUGUGUCUAAGUGUCUUAUUUACAAAAAUGACAGUUAUUAUUCCCAUUUGGGAAUUACAGCCAUUUUACGCUGAGGACCUCAAUUUUGAACCAUGACCACACAUGAUGCGGUAUGCUUUGGAGUCGCAUUACGUCAUUCAGUUAUACACCCUGGACUGGCCGCCAGUCAACCACAGGGCACAUGCUGUCUAACGUCACAUGGUGCCUGACUCAGUGGCAUAAACAGAAAUCUUGCAUGACGUCCCCACCGUGUCGUCUUGUUUACGGUGGUUGGAAUGUGGCCUUAAAUGUGAAUACUUGUACACUUUUUUAGUAUUUUUUUAUUUUGAAGACUAAUUGUGCACGUGGAAUUCACACAGUACAUAUUGUCAAAAUGAAAACUAGAUGGCUUUAUGGGAAAAUGCUAAUGCUUCAUAACGGCAUUUUUUUAAGUGAGCAAUUGUUCCAGCAAAAUAACUGGGAGCAUACUGUGCAUUGUUGUUUGUUUGAUUUUGAA